AUGGACACCGAUCUUCUUAUUGGAAUUGUUUCCAGUCUUUUAGACUCUAAGCUUGACGCAGAUAUUAUCCUCGAUGCUUUGGUUCAGUGCAAUGGAGAUGCUCAAAAAGCAGCUGCACGUCUCAACUCUGGGGCAGAUACAACACCCCAAGUUUGCGACGUUGGCGGAGGCAGGAAGCGCAGGAGAGGCCUCCAAGAAUGGCUUGAGCAAGGGACUUCCAACAAGACUUCCAAAAGUGAGGAACAGGGCUCUUCACACAAUGUAAACCGUGGAUCCUCGGGGCCUUCUGUUGUUCGAAAACCGCCGUCUCAUUCAAGCAAACAUCCCGAAACUGUGAAUUUAAUGAACAUUCUUCAUCAACCUCCUCCUUCCAAAAAGAAGAUCCCAGAACAGAAACCUCCACUUUUGUUGUCCAAUCCUACCAUGAUUGCGAAAUACACACCCUGUACACUUCAUCUUUCUGUGUUGCCCCCUGAGCUUGCGUCAAAAUUAUUCUAUACAAUGCAGGAUGCAUCCCGGAGUUGGAAACGGAAUAAGUGGUGGUUGUUUGAUCGAGUGGUCGAGAGUCCUCAUCGCACGUCUUUCUACGCCAGGAAGACUGAUGGAAUUGCCGACGAUUCCAGCUGGCAACAAGCCGCCCAAUUUUGGUAUAAUGGUCGCCCUACAGAUGCACCAGAAGUGUUUCCUUCCCCUAUGGAAGAGGCAUGUGAGAUCAUCGAAAAGAUCGUGAAUAACGAACUUCAGAAGAGGCCUCGAUUACCUUUGGAGUGGGCUGGUGAUGGUGAUCCUUCUGGGCUUCUCUGGCGUGCCAAUGUAGCUGCCUCAAAUUGCUAUGAAGGACGAAACGAGAGUGUUGGUUGGCACUCCGAUCAGGUGCCACUUUUAUUACCCGCUGUUUUAUUCGUCUAG